AUGUCUUCCUUCCGCUUUCUGUGCCAGCGAUGCAACCGGCCGCUGAAAGGUGAUGAAUCCAUGGAGAUGUCCAGCUCAGGGCAGGGGGAGCCAGGAGAAGCCCAAGAGGAUGGUGCCCGCUCCAUGGAGAAGACAGACGGUGGAGAGCUACAAGUCAGUGCCUCCAGACCCCUUCCUGAUGAUGGGGGGAUGUCGGAGCAAAGGGACAGCAAUUUCAUCUUGCUUGGUGAGAUCACCUCCUUGAGAACUUUGAGUAGCAUCCAGAAGACCACCGCAGAAAUGUUUGACAUCCUCUCUGGUCAAAAAGAGAUGGAUCUUCCACUGUGCGAGGAAUGUACUGACAAUUUUCUAAAGCAGCUGGAUUCCCAAAUUGCCCUCACAGAACUGGAUGAACAGAUCUACAGACGCUAUCUGGAAACCAAGGUGCUGAAGGGUGAGGACCAAAGAGAGACACUACAGAUGGAGUUGCAGGGCCUGCAACUGGAGGAGGCCAAGCUGGCCCUGGAGCUGGAGGAUGUGGAUGAGAACCAUGCAAGAAUAGCAGCGGAUCUCAGGGCAGCCCAGGCAGAGACGGUGGAGCUGCAGCUGCAGGAGAGACAGCAUCUGAGGGACUUCAAUAAGCUGAAGUGGCAGCAGCAGGAACUGUCCGACCAGCUGACAAGUGUGGAGAACCAGCUGUGGUACGCGCGCGUCCAGCUGCACCAGCUGAAGAAGACCAACAUCUUCAAUGCCACAUUUGAGAUCAGGGAGGAGGGAACUUUGGGUAUCAUCAAUAACUUCAGAUUGGGCCGCCUCCCCGGCGUCCCCGUGGGCUGGAAUGAGAUUAACGCUGCCUGGGGACAGGCAGCUUUACUGCUCCUGGCCCUGUCCAAAGCAAUUGGGCUGCAGUUUCAGAGGUAUCAAGUCAUCGCCUGCGGAAACCAUUCCUAUUUGAAGUCUUUAACCGGUGACUGUGCUGACCUGCCCCUGUUCUCUGAUGGGAGAGAAAAUGUUUUCUGGAAUAAUACCUUUGACCAGGCGAUCUUGGCCUUCCUGGACUGCCUGCAGCAGUUCAAGGAAGAGGCUGAGAAACAGGCGGGGGAUCUCUGCCUGCCCCACAGGAUCCUCGUGGAGGAAGGCCUGAUAGAGGGCCCCACAGGCAGUGGGGAAUGGUAUUCUGUCAGGACCCAUCUGAACACUGAGGAGCAGUGGACAAAGGCACUCAAAUUAAUGCUUCUCAAUUUGAAGAGAAGUCUUUCUUGGGCUUCCUCGAGGUACUAUCAAAAUCAACUCUCUUUCUAA